ACCCUAUUGGUUGAACUCCGAUGUAAGUUUGAUAAGUUUACUUGUCUGAGAUUUACUGUAACUCUCACAGGCGUAACCUUAUCCAACCUAUUCAUGAGAACUUGAGCGAGCCAAGCAUUUCGACCGCCGCCAACUAAAAUUAUUUCAUAUCCCUCUCUUUUAAUUUUCAUUCCUUCCAUCAUCAUCAUCAUGUUGAAGUUCAGUAUAUGUCCCAUCAAAACCCUAACCCAUCUCAACUGCUUACCUUCCCCACAACAAUCACCAUCCUCUCUACAUUUCGAAUCAACCCCAUUCCAAGUCUCCUACCUCAUCAACAAUUUCGAUUUCUCCCCACAAUCCGCUUCCAAACUUUGCUCCACCUACCGUCUUAAUUUCAAAACCACCCAAAAUCCUGACUCUGUUAUCAACUUCUUCACAGACUACGGUUUCUCUAUUUCCCAGUUACGCCACAUCAUUGCCAAGGAACCGUGGCUGCUUUCAUGCAACUUCUCCAAAAGGGUCUUGCCAAAGUUUCUAUUUUUUCUCUCCAAAGGUGCUUCUAUCUCUGACGUUGUUAAUCUUGUCAGCGAGAACCCUAGAAUCUUGCGUCCCAGCUUGGAGAAUCAUAUAGCCCCAACCUAUGAAUUGCUUUAUACAUUCCUGCGAUCAGACCAGGACAUUAUUGCUUCUGCAAUUCAGGCUCCAAAUGUACUCUAUCACCCUCUUGUGUCGCGUAACAUUACAACGCUCAUUGAGAAUGGAGUAGCCCACACAACCAUUGCCAAAAUUCUUCGAAACAGGAACCGGACAUUGCAGGUGCGUGACAUGGUGAGUUUAGUGGAGGAAUUAAAAGAUUUGGGGUUUAAUCCUUCAAAAAUAAGUUUUGGUGCAGCAUUGAUUGCCAAAACAUCGGUACCCAAAACCAGGUGGAACAAAAAAGUUGAUACCUAUAAGAAAUGGGGUUGGUCUGAUCAAGAUGUCAAUGAAGCAUUUAAAAAGCAACCUUAUUGUAUGUUAAGGUCCAUUGACAAGAUUGAUUUAGUCAUGAAUUUCUGGGUAAAUCAAUUGGGCUGGGAUGCUAUGGCCCUUGCCAAACAACCCACGCUUUUUAGCUUAAGUUUGGAAAAAAGGAUCAUUCCAAGGGCCUCGGUUGUGCAAUUUCUUUUGAUGAAUGGUUUGAGAAAUAAGAACGCAAGCUUAACUUCUCCAUUUGUACCGUCUGAGAAGAUGUUUCUUGAUAGGUUUAUAAAACGUUUUGAGAAGAAGUCGUCUUAUCUAUUAAACUUGUACGAGGAGAAACUCAUUGCAGGGACAAAAAUUGCAUCUCAUGAUUAGAUUUUCAGGUAAUUGAAAAUUGAGACAAAUGGAAAGUGAAAGUGUCACAUGCAGCAACACAAAAGCUAAUUCUUCUUCAACAAGUGGAUCCAUCCCUCCUUAUCUAAAUAUCAGUAUUCCAACGCAAGCAGAAUAAAAGCACCUCAAGCUCAAAUACCAACACUACUAGGAAUAAGUGAAGGUAUAAUUCCAGAAGAUACAUAUGUAUAUGUAUUGAAAGAAAGCCUAGUAUACAAAGUUCUAAUGCUUUGUUGUACUUCAUAAAUGGACAAUGGUAAGGCUACGUGUAUCUUUUGUAGCAAAAUUUAUGCAUGUAAUAGUUUUAGGAAUGGAACCAUUAGCAUGAACAAACAAUUGUACUUGGGAAAGAGAGUGAAGAUGACCCUAAUAUCACUGUUAAUUUUAAAUGUGUCAAAUUUAGUGAAGAA